ACACUAAACUCUAAUACGUGUCUAGAAUGACCGACAGACCGUGAUCCCGGCUACUCCAGUAAGAUGUCACAGUGAAAGAGGAGGCAGGCGCAGUGACCCAUCCCAUGAAUGGGGAAUAAUAACGGCAAUGCUCUCAGUUGCCGCCCCGACCGAGUAUGGAUCAUCUUCAUUAUCUCUUCAGUGGCCCCGUUUGUUGGCGGUCUCGUCGCUAUCAUGUCUUGGAGAAUGACGGUACAUCUGAUACGGUAUUGUAAGAUGCGAAAAAGGAGACGAGAUCAAGACAGCGAAGAAAUAUACUUCAGCUGCAUAAGGUUUAUUCGGCGAGUGUACAACAUUCAACGAAGAGUAGUCCAAUUUGCUGAGGACAUUAGUUAUCCUAAAACUAAAAAAGGAAGGGCCAUGACCUGGGUUCAGCUUCUCAUGAACCUCAUAGCUAUAGGUUCAUUUGCCGCUCAGACGCCUGCAGAUAUUGAGAGAUGUGUGAAACUCACAGAGAUAACUAUCAUUGUUGAUCUUAUCUGUAAUAUAUUUUUCUUAUGGAGAUUUGUUGUUAUGUAUAUAGUAUCCAAAGACAAGCUAUGUUUUUGGGUAGAAAUUGGCUCUUUGAUAGAUUUUUGUACGAUUCCUCCUGCUCUUGUAACCUUUGGGGUAGGGAAAACUUGGCUUGGGCUGCGGUUUGUAAGAUGUCUAAAACUCUUAUCGUUUGGUGACGACAUCGCUGCAGUAAAGCUUAUAUCUUCACAUAAAAUGCUGACACUGUCUCGAACUCUGUGUCAGUUCGUCAGUUUCUGGCUCACAGCUGCGGGAUUAUAUUUCUUGGUGGCGAGAAUGUCGGACUCGGGCAACAAAAUCCACUUCUUUGAAUGCAUGUACUUUUUAUUAGUCACAAUUUCAACAAUUGGGUAUGGUGACUUGAAGCCAGAAACAACUACGACCCGUUUAGUUGUAAUAGUAUUAAUAGCCGUAGGGCUGGCUGUAUUCGCUUCAUUCGGUCCGGCUGUGAUAGAGAUGUUUAAAAAGAGUCCCCCAUAUGUGCUUGACUACGAUGACAGCAAAAGCAGUCACGUGGUGGUGUGCGGGUACAUAAACACGAGUACAGUUAGCAACUUCAUGAGAGACUUCCUACAUCCUGAGAACGAGGACCACGAAACUACAGCGGUCUUUCUCAAUACAAUACCGCCGCCGGAAGACUUACAAAAUCUGAUGCACCGAAACUUUUAUAGAUGCCAAUAUUACCAGGGAAGCCCGUUGCGAGCAGGUGAUCUGGCCCGAGUGAAGCUGUCCACAGCUAAAGCUUGUCUCGUUAUCGCUAAUAAACACUCGGCUGAGCCCGACGCAGAGGAUGCGGCUAAUAUUCUCAGAGUGAUAUCUAUAAAGAAUUACAAGUCAGAUGUUAGAGUAAUAAUACAAAUCCUAAAUUACCAUAACGAAGAACAUCUAUUUAAUGUACCUGACUGGAACCACCAGCUCUAUGGUGACGAAGUUAUCUGCAUCAAUGAGUUAAAGCUGGGGCUACUUGGUAAAAGCUGCCUGUGUCCUGGGUUCAGUACUAUGAUCGCCAAUCUCAUCAUGAUGAGUUCGUUCCACCCCAGUAACUACAGUAAAGAUGUGAGAUCUAAUUGGGAGUAUGAGUACGGGUACGGUGCUUCUAACGAGCUCUAUACCGGUUCUCUAAGUAGUGACUUCCUUGAUAUGACUUUCCCUGAAGUUGCAGAGAUUUGUUUGAUAAAACUUCACAUACUGCUGAUUGGAGUUGAAACCAAUUCUUCUUCAACUGGGAUUUUGUUCAACCCGAGUCCUCAUAUAUUCAGAUUCAGACAAGGCACUCAAGGGAUCUUCAUUGCUCAAAAUCCAACCGUAAUUAAGAGUGCGGCGCUGUUUUGUUUCAAGUGUCACGAAUACGCUAUACAGUCCGAGAUUGUUAAAUGUACCUGCGAUAAAAGUGAUUCGGGUUACACCAACAACAGGUCUAACUCUAACUCAACUUCUAAACCAAAAACACAGAAGAAAAAGAAACAGAGUGAAUAUGUACCUUACUGGAAACGGCUCUCACAAGAGGAGCGAGCCAAGAUGGACGAGAGACUCACUCUGGAUGGUUCUGGAACCUUCCACUGGCGGGAAUCGUGCCUUCUGGAAGAAGUUACCAUGACCAAAGAAGAUGUUGCUACACUCACAGACCACAUUAUCGUGUGUGUGUUUGGAGAUAACAACGCUCCUACAGUGGGUCUAAGAAAUCUACUCCUGCCACUAAGGAAUAGCAACCUUCCUUCAGUAGAAGUUAAGAAGGUCCUGUUGCUAGGAAAGAAGGAGUAUAUAGAAAAAGAGUGGAAGGAUAUUGAUGAGUUCCAAGACGUUUAUUUCAUGGAGGGCUCACCUAUCAGAAGAGAAGAUGUGAUAUCGGCGGGAGUUCAAAACUGUCUGAUGUGUCUCAUCCUGUCCUCGGCUCUACAAAGCAAGGCUACCGACCCCAACCUGGUGGACAAGGAGACUAUUCUCUCUUUCUUACAGAUUAAAGGAUGCCGGGGCACCGAGAGUACGGACACACCCAACACAACCAAAUAUCGGCUGUCGGAGAAACCCAUCAGAAACCGAGCCCAGAUCCCCAUAAUAUCAGAAAUAGUUAACGAUUCGAACGUGCAAUUCAUGGAAAAAUCUAAAGACUCGGGUGUUGGAGCCCUGUACAUGGCUUUACCUUUCACACGGGGCCAAGCCUUUAUCGUUUCAGUACUGGAUGCCAUACUGUCUUUGACAUUCUACAACGAAAAGUUGAUGAGUAUUAUAAGAACUUUGAUCACUGGAAUCGGAAACAGUCAUAAAAACGAAACAGCAGACAACUACCUCCCCGAGAACAGCGAGGAGGAUGUGAUGUACUAUCAGCCCUGGUUGAGAACUAGGAUGUCCUGUAGAAUAGCUCAGAUCUCCCUACGAGACGAGAGAUUCUCUAGAUUCAGGGUUUAUGGUGAACUGUUUGUAUAUUUGCUUCACAACUAUUCGAUGCUAGCCCUCGGAUUGUACCGCAGUUACCAGUGGGCUAAUAAAGGAAUCAAAGGGAAAAGUACCAAAGCAAGAGAUAAUCAUAACGAAGAUAGAUAUGUAACGACAGCUCCUUCAUACGAUGCGAAACUCAGGCCAAACGACAAGGUUUUCGUUCUGGCACAAUCGGAAAUGGAGCUUCCUUUCCCACUUGAAAUGGGGAAAAAUGAAAUGGAUGGGUCCGAUGACGAUGGAAUGUCGUAUCAAACUAGCAGAGCAGCCGGCUACCUACGAGUUUAGGAAAUCCUUUAGUCAGUUCAAUAUUACAAUAGUAGAAACCUCUCCACCCGCUUCUAUGAGGCCAAUGUCGGACGUUUCCGUUCCUAUCGCAGUGGAGGAAAUCCAGCCAGUAACUCAACCUUCCAACCCUGGUAAUAACACUGACGAGCCAGGUCUCCCAGUCGGGGAACCUGCCCCUAAAGGAGAGGAUCUAGUAUCCCACACUGUGGAGCUCCCCGCCGUCUACACUACUGACAACUCCGAAACUCUGAAGGCUCCCAAUAACGCCAGCAAUGAUAUUGCACACCUUAUUGCAUGACGGUGAUUUGGCUACAGUUUACAUCCACAAAGUGCCAGAGUUUGGAUCCACUACGUCGGGCUCGUUAUUGUGUUUCUCAAAAGGGGACAAGUUUCUGUCACGGUCAGUAAAAUAGAAAGAUUUCUCGGGAAAAAUUGCAUCAGAAUCAUAGUGACCAGCUGGGAUCAGGUUUGAUAAAAGUUUGCGUGAGACCGGAUUUGGAUAUUUGAAUAUAUCGUAUGCAGCAGAAAUUAACCCGAAGGUUUUGAACAUGCAAAGAAGAAAAACUCGGUCCAUUGAACGAUCAAAAUUUAAAACUCAAAAUAUGAUAUCGUUAAAACGUUAAAAGAUGCAAUACCCUGUUCAUCUUGAGCAAUACAUUUUAAUCCUGACCUUCAAAUAACUAAAAGUCGUUUGUAACUGCUAUCGUGACGAAACUUUGGUAAACAUUUAGAUUAAUUUAUUUUACGUUUUUAGAUUUUUACCGCCCUGGCCAGUUCCGUUUGUGUUCGUUGAUGAGGAAUUCGAGUAAUUUGAAAAUUGCGAUUUUUAUUUAUGUAGUUUAAAGGAUUUGGAACUCUGUUACUGUAUUGGCUGAUGUCGUAGAAUUUUAGUUUAAUACUUACUUGACGAGGAUUUGUACCAUGAAAAUCCCACGAUGCCAACUUUAAUCUUUUAUCCGAGUUCGGCAUCAAAUCUAAAAGUGAGAAGAGAGGAAUUUUGAUGUUAUCUUUCUUGCUUUCAUCGUUUAGGUUUGUAACUAUUUUAGUCAUGCCAAGUUUUAUAAAAAGUUAAUUUUUAGAUUUUGUAAUGAAAAGAUUCAGUGUCUUAAUUAGAUCUUUCAGUUUAUGAAAUAAAAUAUUCAAAGAAUAAUAAAAUGAAUAAA